GGUCUUUGCUGUGAAGUGUACAAACACCUCAGUGUGCCGUGCCGCGUCAGUGCUGCUCUCCAGUAGCCUAUCAGUGCUGUAAAGUACACCGCGAACCCCCGUGAUGCAAUUACCCUGUGACGUCCUGUACCCGUUUUGAAAUGUUGUUCUGUGUUAUCCAGGGCUAAUGGUGUGCAUAGCUGGACCAUUCUGGGGAAUGUUUCUGUAAGUACAGUUACAGAGUAAGGACUGAGAAAGUAUAUCAAAAGAAGGGGGAAAGACAGUUUUCUUUUAUUCCAGAAGUAUUUGAUUCAAGAACCAUGGAACUGUCUCUGGCUCACCCAGUUGUCAAAGCCUUCAUGUGUGGAUCACUCAGUGGAACAUGCUCCACUCUGCUCUUCCAGCCCCUGGAUCUGGUCAAGACUCGCCUGCAGACCCUCCAUAGCAACAUGCAACCUGGCUCAGCCAGAGUCGGGAUGGUGACUGUGUUCUUGAGUGUUGUACGGACAGAGAAGCUCAUGGGACUCUGGAAGGGGGUCUCACCAUCGUUUGUGCGGACCAUCCCCGGUGUCGGGAUCUAUUUCAGCACCUACUACUCUCUGAAGCAGCACUUCAUUCAGGAGCCGGGCCCCGGGGCCGUGGAGGCCGUGCUGCUGGGAGCCUCGGCCAGGGCAGUAGCAGGGGUCUGCAUGCUUCCAGUCACUGUCAUCAAGACUCGCUUUGAGAGUGGCAGGUAUAACUAUGGGAGUGUGACAGGAGCUCUGCGCACCGUGUGUCAGACAGAGGGGCCCCGAGCUCUGUUCUCAGGCCUGACCCCCACCCUCCUCCGAGAUGCUCCCUUCUCCGGCCUCUAUGUCAUGUUCUACAGCCAGGCCAAGAACGCGCUGCCACAAGAAAUCAGCAUGUCUCUGUACUCACCCCUGGCUAAUUUCUGCUGUGGGAUUCUGGCCGGAGUCCUGGCCUCACUGGUGACCCAGCCGGCUGACGUGGUCAAAACACACAUCCAAGUUAGCCCAAAUGUGUACAAGAGGACCGCACAUGCUGUGCAAUACAUUUACGUGGAGCAUGGCUUUCAAGGUUUCUUCCGGGGCGGGGUACCACGUUCUCUGAGGAGAACCAUGAUUGCUGCCAUGGCAUGGACAGUGUAUGAACAUCUGAUGGCCCGCAUGGGGCUCAAGUCCUGAGGGGAAGUAGCCUGCAAAAGAAACCGUAGAAAAGAACAUAUGACAAAUCCGGAAAAGAAGGACUGAAAAUGAGUAAGAAUCGAAGAAGAAAGAAGCCAGUGAAAGAGGACACCAGUAUAGUCACUAUUGCACACCAUUGAGUGUGCUGGAAGACCUUGCUGUGUUGGUCUGCCUAAUAGUGAGUGUGCCAAUGAAUGUCUUCACUGGAAAACUGUAUACUGCCGUAACAUCACUGACACAUGCAUAUAUAUCUUACCUCGAGAACUGGCAUGCAUACACUGAACAAGAGAUGAGGACUAAUAUGUAUACAAGUGUCUGUAUAUUUGACUGGAUAUCUGUUGAGACAAAAUCAUUGUUUUGCAUUGCACAAUGUGAGGCUGGAUAAUACUUUAAUAUAUGGUUAUGAUACUUUACCCUACUGGACUACUUUCCACAUUCUAUGUUGCACUGUAAGUUGGUUAGUAGUAUUUAUGUUGUAUGGCUUUAGAUGUACACUAUAUUAUCGGGGUAUCAGGUAGCCUAGCGAUUAGAGAAACUGACCAGUAAACUAAAGGUUGCUAGAUCAAAGCGAGCAAAGUGACAAAUUGUGCUUGAGCAAGCUUGUCAAUAAGCCAAAUGUGGCAGAUUAAAAGGAAACCCUUAAUUUGCAGUGAGAUGGCUACUUGUCUAGAUGUAGCAAAAAUUGUAUACUCUUAAAAUUGAAGCAAAAAAAAAAACGCAUUUGUAAACAUACGGAUCUGACCAAGCUCCUAAGCUGCACUUCAUCCGGUAUUGUGACCAAAAACCCUGGCACUCCAAUGACAUCUACAGCAUCGAAGUACAUUUAUUUUUAGUGGAACGCUAAGCUUCCUUUGUAGCAUUGUCUUGAGAGGACGAUUGAGGUAUGUAAUGUGUGGUGCAUGCUUUGGAUUUAUUAAGUUGUAUGGGGAAUCUGAUUUAUUAAAUUGUAUGCAGAACCAGACAGGAGAAAUGUGAUGAUGCAUGCAUAAACAUUUGUUGAUUGACACUGGAGGUGUUGAGGGGGUUGGGAGUAUGUCUUCCUCUGUGCCAAACAAUUAGCUGUUGUACCAAGACUGAUUUUGCUCUAGUACUGAUGACGUAACAAGUAAUAAUGCGUGCUUACAUUUUGAGCUGUUCAGUGGAUUUGCCUUAAUAUGUGAUACAUUCUUUAAUGUUUUUGAUCGUAUCUUAAAUGUUUUAUUGUAAAUGGUGAAUUAUGUUGUAGGUGUGAUCCAGGCGCGGGACUGCGUUGCACUUGUCUAGUCAUCAAUACAAUCUAACCCUCCAAAAUUGC